GAAGUGGAGGGUUUCUUCAAACAACAAGGGACUGGGUCAAUUAUUAAAUCAAAUGAUAUUAAGCAUGUUUCCCAUCCCUUCUUGAGAAACAAGCAGGAUGUUUCUUUGCAAAAUUAUGCUCAAUUUUAUAUGUGGCAAUUUGGUCAAGAUCUCUUCGUUAGUUGGGGGAAGAGUCUGCACAAAUCAGAUUUUUUGAGGAACAUGUCUAGUAGAGAUAAAAAAUUGUUGAAAAAACAACAAACAAAACAUCUUGCUCUUUCCAAGCGAUCAGAAAAGAAAGAAAUA